UGUUAUUCGUCUUUCGACAACAACAUGAUGAAAGUAGCUCUGGUCGCACUUUUGGCCGUGCUUGCCCAAGCCGUGCCUCUAACCAAGGACUUGGCAGCCGACAUCAGUGAUGCGAAGCUCAAAGUUGGCUUUUUCGACAUUGAGGUUGUGGAAAUGAUCAACCGCCUUAACACGCUGCAAGUCGAGCUAGGUUUGCCAGUGGAUGAUCUGGCACAGAAGAUCAUUGACAACCUAGUCACCAUUUCGCAACCAGGAGAUGUGCUGCCUGUUCGUAUCGCAUUCCGCGCCUUCAGGGAGGAUUUCCAGUCCAAUUCCAACGACCUACGCUUGAUCCUUAACCAGCAGCUAAGGAAUGCUUUAUCGAACGUGUACGACCAGUUGGACAAUGACUUGGCUCAGGUGCCGCAGACCACCAACACCCUCAAGGCACACGUCGCCAACCACGAGCUGACCUACAAUAGGAUGUGGGAUUCCAUAUACAACAGAACUGCCGAAGCUGAUGCUGCCAUCACCACGUGCAUCAACGGACAGGAGGGCAUCACUGUGGCCCAGAUCUACGCUGAUUGGCAGAAGGUUCUAGACAUCUUGGAGAAUGAAAACUUCCUCUCCACUAAUGUCAAGUUCGUUUUUGAUUCCCGCGGCAACGACGCACUAACUGCUUUGGACCUCGUCAUUUCCCAGAUUCCUUAAUUAUUUUUACUGAAUGCCUAAAUAAAUAAAAAGAGAUAUUUGAACU